UCAACACACACAAAAUCAUUAACGAACUAGAAGAGCUUUAGAAGAAUCAUAGAUCGUUUGGUAAGCUCUUUUGAUUUUCUUAUUCCUCUCGAACUAUAUUAAGAUAUGGCACAACUUGAAGAUUCAUUCCUCGCAGAGAUCGACGAGUUAUCCGACUAUGAAGAAGACAACGUUGCAAACCACGAAGGAGAUAUCUCCAUGGACACGUCAGACUUGGAAACCCUAAAGUCCGACGAAGAUGAGGAUCUCGACACCGUCUCCAAGCUACAGAAAACUCAGAGAUACCUUGAUAUAAUCCACAAGGUGGACGAGGCUCUCCUCGGCAACAAGGGUUUCGAUAAAGCUAUGACGACGUCAGAAGACGAUCCCGAAUACAAGCUCGUCGUGGACUGCAACCACCUCUCCGUAGAUAUCGAGAACGAGAUCGUAACCGUCCACGGCUUCAUCCGUUCCAAGUACAAGCUCAGGUUCCCAGAGCUGGAGUCGUUCGUGCAUCACCCGGUCGAGUACGCUAGCGUCGUGAAACAGAUCGGGGACGAGAAGGACUUAGCCCUAGUUCCUUUCAAAGACCUCUUUAAGAGUACCAUCAUCUCUGUUUCGCUCAUGGCUUCGACCACUCAAGGGAAGCCUCUCCCCGAAGACGCCUUGCGGAAGACGCUGAAGGCGUGCGAUAGGGUUAUUGAACUCGACUCCGCGCUGAAGAAGAUUCUAGGGUUCGUUGAGACCAAGAUGGGAUGCAUCGCGCCGAAUCUUUCGGCCGUUGUAGGGAGUGCCGUGGCUGCCAAGCUAAUGGCUACUGCUGGGGGUUUGUCAGGGCUCGCUAAGACGCCUUCCUGCAACGUUCAGGUUCUUGGACAGAAGAGGAAGAAUCUUGAUGGAUUCUCUAGUGCGACAACUCAGUCGCGCGUGGGGUAUCUUGAGCAGACUGAUAUCUUCCAGAACACUCCUCCUGGACUUAAGCCGAAAGCCAUCAAGCUCUUGGCGGGAAAGUCGACUUUGGCGGCAAGGAUCGACGCCAGCAGAGGAGAUCCAUCGGGGACUAACGGUAGAUCUUUAAGGGAAGAGAUUCAGAAGAAGCUUGACAAGUUGCAAGAACCUGGCGUUGCGAGGCAGCCUAAGCCGCUUCCCGUUCCGGAUAUGAGUAGUAAGAAAAAGAGAGGCGGUCGGAGGCUGAGGAAGAUGAAGGAGAGGUACGCGGUGACGGAGAUGAGGAAGCAUGCUAAUAGGGUUGCGUUUGGUGUGACGCCUGAAGAGAGCUCGCUUGGUGAUGGGUUGGGUGAAGGGUAUGGGAUGCUUGGUCAGGGUGGGAGCAAGAGGCUGCGAGUUUCCGCCGUCCCGAGCAAGCUGAAACUUGGUGCGAGGCUUGAGAAGAGGCUCAAAGAAAGACAGUAUACAAGCGGUGUUACUACUACUAGUACAGCCAGUUCUGGUUUCAUGACGUCGAGGCUUGCUUUCACUCCUGUGCAGGGGAUAGAGCUGUGCAACCCUGGAGCUGUGCAGUUAGGGAGCGGGACUCAGAGCACUUACUUCUCGGAGUCGGGAACCUUCUCUAGGGUCAAGAAGAUAUGAAUCAGUAAGCAUAAGAGAGGAGGUAGAAGAAAGCGGUGUUUUUAUAAUUGCUUUUUUUUUUUUUUAAUAUUGUCUGCAUGAUGUUUU